AACAUUUCCUGUUUGCCUCAGAACAGGUUUGUGCUGUGGUUGACGGAUAAGCACACCUUAGAAAAGGUAGGUGUGGGAUUACACUGAAGUUCUGCUUUAUUCUGCGUGUGUGGAUUUAGAGGACAAAACAUCGUGAAAACUUUUGAGACAGAGGUAACAGACACCUAACUUCAAUGACAAAAUGGAUUCUUUUAAAGGACCUUGCUGCCAUCGGAGUGCUCCUGUUGAGAUGGAUGAGAGCAUGACAUCCUCCAACCUGGACUUGGCCUGGCCUCCUCCUUGCCUACAGUGUGGCAGACAUACAGAAACCAGCAAAAUGCCGCAAGAACAUGGCAAUGAGCAAAUCAGGGGGGAAUCGCACAAUGCUGGCCGACGGAGAAUCCCAGAAAGCCAGUACCACCAUGAACCCAAAGAAGCCUUUCAUGCUGCUCCCCAACCUUGCUUGAUCCCCCCGACACAUUCAGGACAGAUGAGACACCCCGACCCUGCAGACUUUUGGCCUAAUGGUCUCAAUGAGCAAUUCCUGAGAUAUGAACGGGACUCCAUGGCGCACCACAGCAAAGACUUUGCAAGCGCUUCAAAGUAUCUCCAACAUAAUUCACUGGAAGAGGCAGAAAGCUUGGAACCUCCCCUUCCACUUGUCUCUGACAGUAACUACACCCACUAUGUCCGAUCACCAUAUUCUGCAGGACGUAUGACAGGCCCCAGACCCAUUCAGGAGAUUUUUCCUGGACAGUGUGCGUGCUGCCCUCCAGCAAAUCUGCCCCGUCUCACUAAUAAUUAUCAUUAUUAUAAAAAUGAUAACCCCAUGUAUCCACACCAGGGGCCUCGACACUAUCAGCAGUCAAGGAAUCCUCCCCGUAGUAGGUUGCAAAUUAAGGAUGGUCCAAAUUCCACCCAUGGAUCUGUCCAUCAGUGUGUGGCCCCUCUUGGUGAUGUUAUACAUGAGGUCAGUGUGCAACGCUCCUUCCAGGCUGAUCCAGGACCAGCGACAAGGGAGAUCCGGAAGACUGUCAGUCUACCCGAUGAGUGUCGCAAUGUUUUCAUCACAUAUUCUGUGGACAUAGCUGGAGAAAUGCUUCCUUUUGCCAAAUUUCUGACUGAUCAGGGAUUUGAACCAGCAAUUGACAUAUUUGAUAACCCACUCCGAAGAAUGGGCAUCACCAAAUGGAUGGACAGAUAUCUUAAUGACAAAUCAGUGCUCAUCAUUGUGGUCAUCAGCCCCAAGUACAAGGAGGAUGUUGAGGGAGAUGGAGAUGAUGAACAUGGCCUGCACACCAAGUACAUUCACAAUCAGAUCCAAAAUGAGUUCAUCCAACAAGGCUGCCUGAACUUCAGACUGGUACCUGUGCUGUUUCCUAAUGCAACCAAGAGACAUGUCCCAAACUGGCUCCAGAGCACCAGGAUCUACCGCUGGCCCCAGGACACCCAGGACUUGCUGCUGCGCCUGCUCAGGGAGGAGCGUUACAUCAUCCCACAGCGAGCGGCUGACCUCACCCUCACUGUCCGUCCCCUCUGAGGAAAACUGAAAAGGACAGAGACUGGGGAAUUAAUCUGUUUAAAGAAAAUGGUUUGUUUUGUCCAAACCUCACCAUAUUUACAUGUUUCAUAUGCCUUGAAGCAUGAGAAAGGUUUUUCUUCUAUUGCCUGUUUUUAGAUACAUAUCUGCUGUUUGUUCUAUUGAUUUAUGAUUUUUUUUUUUUUUACCUUGUUUCUAAUCUCACAACAUACUUUGAGAUAUUGUUCAGACCUCUUACUUGAAUAAUUACACUUACACUUUAUUACAAGUGGAGCUGUUAUAUGUGGGUUUUUCUUUUUUUUUUUUUUUAGUUUUUUUUUUUUUGGCCUUUUCUGGCUUUAUUGAUAGAACAGCUGAAGAGUGUGACAGGAAACAGGGUAAGAGAGGGAGAGUGACACGCAGCAAAGGGACCCGGGCCGGGAUUUGAACCCGGGUCCACUGCAGAGCCUUGGCACAUGGGUCCGAGCUAAGCAGCGCCCUGUUAUAUGUGUUUUUUGUUUGUUUGUUUUGUCGCCUUGACCCCCUUGGGCACUCAAUAUAUUAUAUUCCUUUUCUUUAUUACAAGCAUAAAACAAUAGUUUGCUGAUGUCUUGGUUGCAAACUAGCUAGCUAUUUCAAUUCAAUUCAAACUUUAAUUAAGACCCAAAAAAGUGUCUAUUACAAUCAAAAGAAAGCAAAAUAAAACAUUCAAGAUAAAACCUUUUUCGCCCAUUGAGUAAAACUGGAUUUGGCCACAGUAAGCCCCGCAACCCCUUAGGGUGGAAAAAGCGGCAAAAUCCUGCAACCCUCAUGGAUUAAGCAGAAAGAAAAUGGAACAGAACCUUUUUCGAAUCAUAGAUAUCAUAAAAUAGUAACUUUCAGUGUUACAGCAGGUGACAACUGUAUUGCCAAGUUGAAUAUUUAUGAGCUUUGUUAACAAUUUUGUAAUAUAU